UGCUUAGCUUCCAAACUUUCAAUCAUUCACCCAAAAAUAAUAGCCUCUUCAAUUCACCGGGCGGUAAUCUUACCGCACAUAACUGGCUCCCUCCUUCUCUUAAUUCUCUCUUUUUUUUUCUCUCUUUCAAUCUCCUUCGCUCUUCGUGCGAUCUGAGAUCGGAUUAGGGUUUGAGAUCUCAUCGAUCGAUCUCGACCUCGACCUCGACCUCGUCAAUGGCUGCUCCACCUGCGAGGGCUCGUGCUGACUAUGAUUACCUGAUCAAGCUUCUUUUGAUCGGCGACAGCGGUGUGGGGAAGAGUUGCCUUCUCUUGCGUUUCUCAGAUGGCUCCUUCACUACUAGUUUCAUUACUACCAUUGGAAUUGAUUUUAAGAUAAGAACAAUUGAGUUGGAUGGGAAACGAAUUAAGCUGCAAAUCUGGGAUACAGCUGGCCAGGAGCGUUUCCGAACCAUUACAACUGCGUACUAUAGGGGUGCCAUGGGUAUUUUGCUUGUUUAUGAUGUUACUGAUGAGUCAUCUUUUAACAACAUAAGGAAUUGGAUUAGGAACAUUGAACAACAUGCUUCAGACAAUGUCAACAAAAUCUUGGUUGGCAAUAAGGCUGACAUGGACGAAAGCAAGAGGGCCGUGCCUACUUCAAAGGGACAAGCUCUUGCUGAUGAAUAUGGCAUCAAGUUUUUUGAAACUAGUGCAAAGACCAAUCUUAACGUGGAGCAGGUUUUCUUUUCGAUUGCUAGAGAUAUUAAGCAAAGGCUUGCUGAAACUGAUAACAAAGCCGAGGAUAAGACGAUCAAGAUUAACAAGCCGGAUCAGGCUGCUGGCGAUGCCCAACCUGCAGCAAAAUCAUCUUGCUGCGCGUAACUUUUAUAGAGGAUAAAAUUAAGUGGUGGUAUCAGGAACUAAUUUGCUUAUUAUAGGUAGUGUUGUAAUGAAGAUUGUGACGAUAAAAGCUGCCGGUUGCUUGUAUUUUAUACCUUAUCAUUCUUUUCAAGUAUCUUUUAGUCUGCAAUGUAACCUUUUCAGUGUUGGAAGAAGUGAUCAUGUCUAUUUCUUUCUUCCUUAAAAAAAAAAAAUAUUCCUCAACCUUAUUGCCA